CCGCCGCACCCAUCCUCCCCACCACACCCAGCACCAGCCACCAGGAAACACCUGCCCGCAGCCCCCCUCUCCUCCGCCGCCUCAACCCGCCGACCCAUCCCGGUCUCCUCCGAUGGCGUCGAGGGCGCUCCUCCUCUGCUCCCUCGUCGCCCUCGCCCUCGCGGCCGGCUCCGACGCCAGGGACCACGUCGUGGGCGGCGGCAAGGACGGCGCGUGGAGGGUGCCGCCCCCGGCGCAGCCCGACGCGCUCAACGACUGGGCGGGGAAGGCCCGCUUCCACGUCGGCGACAACCUCGUGUUCAAGUUCGACGCGGCGACGGACUCGGUGCUGGAGGUGACGCGGGCGGACUACGACCGGUGCAACACGGCGAGCCCCAUCGCCACCUACAAGGCCAGCGGUGCCGUCGUGCCGCUGCCGCCCAAGGGCGAGCGCUUCCGCCACUUCAUCAGCGGCGCCCCCGGGAACUGCCAGAAGGGCGAGCGCGUCAUCGUCCUCGUCAUGUCGGAGAAGCACGGCAGCCGGGUCCCGCCUGCCGCGCCGGCCCCCGCCCACUCCCCCUCGUCGUCCGCGGGGCUGGUGGAGGCGCCCGCCCACGCGCCCGCGCCCGCGCCGGCCACUGGCGCCGCCUGGAGGACGGCGUCCGGCAGCGGCUCCGUGCUCCUCGGCGCUCUCCUCGGAGGGCUGCUCGUCGUUGGGUUCUGAGCUCCUGUUGCUGUUUAGGAUCUUAGGGAAGAUUAUUUGAUUAGGCUCUAGUUAUUAUGGGCUUUCAGCUUAGAGGACAGAUGUGCUUCUUCUGUCUGUAGAAGAAGAAGAAGAAGAAGAUGGCUUCUGGCGUAUAAUCGUCAAACAUAAAUGGCAAUAUAUUUGAUCUGAUAUGGCAAUUUUUGAGAUGUCAAGAUUUCUUAA